GCCCAUGGGAGUACAAAAUCUAAAAAAAAAAAGCGCGCUUUUGGUGGAUGUAGAUGUGAUGCGGACGGAUGACCCCUCUCCUCUCCUUUCCUCCUCCCUCCCUCUAUCUCACGCACACACACACACAUUCGUUUUCUCGCUUAUCCCACUUCUCAGAAGCAAUCGCUUACUACAUCAUUCAUCCACCUCUUUGCCUCUUCACAUCCUCAUUCGCGAUGAAUUCCGUCAAGGGCAGCAUGAAGAUGAACAGUCCGCUUCCAAAGGACCUUGCUGGAGAGUGCAAAAGGGCCUCAAAGAUCCUCAACGCUUUUGUAGACCCGAUCGCCGCCAAGGGUGUGGACAACAUUAUUCCGCCAGAUAUCCUCUCAAAAGCUCAGGGACUCGCUAUUUUUACAGUCGUCAAGGCUGGAUUCCUCUUUUCCGGUCGCGCAGGCUCCGGUAUUGUCGUCGCACGUCUCGAGGAUGGCUCUUGGUCAGCACCGUCUGCUAUCGGAACUGGAGGCAUGGGCUUUGGAGGACAGAUUGGUGCCGAAAUCACAGAUUUUGUCGUCGUCCUCAACAAUAAGACGGCUGUCAAGUCUUUUGCCACAGGAGGCAACGUUACCCUUGGAGGAAACCUGUCAGUUGCUGCCGGACCGAUUGGAAGAACCGCAGAGGCUGGAGCAUCCGCAAGUGUGAAUAGCGUCGCCGCCAUCUACUCCUACAGCAAAUCCAAAGGUCUCUUUGCCGGCGUUUCAAUUGAAGGAUCGGUCAUUGUCGAGAGAAAGGAUGCGAACGAAGCAUUUUACCGCCAAAAGGUCACAGCAGCCGAGCUCCUCUCAGGCGCUAUCACCCCCCCACCACAGGCCGAUAUCCUCUACAGAGCACUUAACUCAAAGGCGUCGAGCAGCAACCAUAGCAUCCACCGCGCAGAUACAAACAGCAGCUACGCAUCAUCAUCACCAGCCAUGCGCAGUGUCUCCUCAGGGGCUGGUCGUUACAGUGGUGGAUACGGUCGCUCGAGUCAUGAUGAACAGGCCCGCGAGAAUGAACCCGGUCAGCUCCCUCGUUACAGUCCUUCAGUAGUUUCACCGGCAGCUGGACGCAAGUCCUUCGGAGCAGCACCAGGACGUAUCUCGACCGAUAACAGCUCACAUCCUGCAGCCAUUAACCAUACCAACGCCAAUCUGACAGGCCCACGCGUGCCGCCCAGGAUCGGUGUCAAGCCCGAGAUCGUGACGGCACUGUACGACUUUGUGGGCGAGCAGGCUACAGAUCUGUCGUUCAAGAAGGGCGAUGUUAUCACAGUUACCAAGAAGACAGAGAGCCGAAACGACUGGUGGACAGGCAAGCUCAAUGGUCGUGAAGGCUCAUUCCCUGCCAACUACACCCAAUAAGGCUGCUUCACUGAGCCAUUCGAGCAUACAUAGCCUAGAGACAACUACUCCUCUGUCAAUCUUCUUCCCUGCCCACCAUCUAUAUGACUAUCCAUAAAAAGUAAGAAAAAGAAAUAGCAGUUUACAGACGUUGCCGAGACACAAACAGAUGCAUAGAUAAACUGACUUUUUUUUUUUUGUUUUUAUUCGUGAGGAUUUCCCAUCGCGUUGGUUUUCUUUUUUUUUUUUUCUUUCUUUUUUUUCUCUUUCUUUCUUUCUCUUUUUUUUU